GAAGGUAGGAAGCUGUCGACUGGUCGCGCCAGCAUCGUUGAGACCAACAUGAUGCUGAUCUUACCUUCGAUAAUCACAGGCUAGAUGUUCUUCAAGCCGCUUGAUUUGACGACUGCCCUUCGUCCGUCUUUGCUCCCUGACGAAACGUUACUUUUUGUCCAGGACGCUGUGGGCUUGUAUGAAGGGAAAUUCAAGAUUCCUUCAUAUCAAAAUGGCCACGCCUACCUGACGUCUCACCGUAUUUGUUACGUCGCGACCGAUGAACCUCGGAAAUAUUCUGUGUCCGUCGAAUUGAAAGAUGUUGAUCGUGCAGAAUACCAAGCAGGCUUUGUAUUGAAGUCGUCGCCAAAAAUUACUAUUUUCCCUAAACCUCAGAAGCCCAGCCUUAUUCAGCAGCAUAAUACAUCCCAAAUCGCUCCAAGUGGGCAGACAUUACUGGCAACACAACCACUAUCUUCGAGAGGUGCUUCGCCAGCUCCAAAGGUUGUGAAUGCGACAUGGGUGUGUCCUAUAUGCUCUUUCUCCAACACAGUACCAUCCAAUUUUGAUCCUACAACUGCUACCGCCUCAACACCACUUCCGCCUUGUCUCGCAUGUGGUAUCAAACCUCCACUUGCGACGGUCUUAAAAGCCACAAUUGCUGCUGCGACAAAUAGGGGAUCAACAAAUUUUGCACCAGCCAUACAACCGGCUCCAUCUCAACAAGAGCAGACCAACUCUGUCUCGACUGAGCCGCCGAAACCGGGUACAACGGGGAUCCCGUUACCAUGUCCUAGGUGUACAUUUCUCAACCACCCUUCUCUUCUGGAGUGUGAAAUCUGUGGUGCUUCACUUGGACCAUCAAGCUCAAAGGAAGGAACGACAGCUACUAUACAGCGCACCGAGUCUCCCGCACCUUUUUUCAAUCAGUCAAACAUAACAAAUAGGGAGAUCAGUGAUAGUAUCAAGCUGUCAUUCCGGGGUGGUGGCGAAAAAACCUUUUAUGAAAGAUUAAAGAGCUGCCUUAUCCAGCGAAAAUGGCUGCUACAGAAUGCGCCACCAGUGCCCCAACUAUCUCAAUCUCCACAUCGGGAAGCUGGAUCAUCUCCAGCCCCAGAUCGAUCUGGGCAGUCGACUCCACGUCCGUCAGCAGUUGGAAUUGCGGGUUUGGAGCAACGCGGUGUCGAGUCUCGUAAAAAUAAUGAACUGGUAAUUGGCAAUGCCUUUGAAGAUUUGGAGGCUUUGAUGGCUUCUGCAAAGCAAAUUGUCUCUCUUGCCGAAACUUUAGCAUCAGAAUCCGGUGUAGGUGGUAAAGGUAGAUCAACUGAAGCAAGUGCAGUCCUUUCGGAGUCAGCUGCCGCCUUGAAUAUGGUCACAACAAAGGACAUGCUUGGCUCGGGCGCGGAGAACCUCUACUUGUCUGAGCUUUCAAGAAAUUUAGCAGAGUAUUUGACCGAUGACCGCAAGGGAGUUCUUCGUAAAGAAGGUGACAUUAUGAGCCUCAUUGACUUGUGGGCUUUGUUCAAUCGCACUCGCAAUGGGGUGGAGCUUGUGAGCCCCUCAGACUUCCAACAAGCCGCCGAACUGUGGGACAAAUUAAAACUGCCGGUUCGUCUACGCCGUUUCAAAAGUGGACUUCUUGUUGUUCAACCAUAUGAUUGGAGUGACGAAAAGAUCAUUCAACAGCUCGACGAGUGGCUACAAGAACUUCGUAUGCAAACUCCUUCUGAAAGCUCAGCCUGGGAUUGGAUCAGGUACGGCUGUGGGGUCACUGCCCAAGAAACCGCGCAACAUUUUGGUUGGAGUGUAGGAGUGGCCGCUGAAGAGCUCGAAAUGGCCGAAGAUAGAGGGGUUCUCUGCCGCGAGGAAGGCAUCGAGGGUGUCCGAUUCUGGAGGAAUUACUUCCUCCUUGGAGAAAGCAUGGAACUUGAACAUAAGAUAUCGCUGCUAGCGUUGUAAAUAGAUAAUGCGAACUAGAAUUUUACCCAAAUAUAGUACUACAACUUCAGACUAUG